UAGGCUCAGGGUCCGGACCCGGCCGGGGCGAAGGUAGCUAGCUAGCGCUAGCUAGCUGUCUGCCUGCCUGCCUGCCUGCCUGCCUGUCUGCCUGCCUGCCUGCCUGCCGGCUCGCUCUCCUGCCCGCCUGCUCGUCCGCCCGCCCGCCUGCCUCCUCCUCCUCCUUCUCCUCGGGGCCCGGAGCGGAGGUAGGGAGGGACGGAGUGAGAGAGCGAGGCCGGCGGCGACGGCGGCGGCUGCGGCGGCCGGCCGGCCCGGCGGAGAAGGCCAGCUUCCGCGGAGUUUGUGCCCUGGGCUCCCCUGGCCCCAGCCGCCCGCCUCUUGCGCACUAAAGGGACGGGGUCGGCGUGCCAGAGGACGGCCAGUCUUGCACUCUGGAAAGUGGUCAUCACUGAAACUCGGGUUGCCUCCAGAAUUACUUAGUUCCUAGAGUCCGACCCGCCACCAGCCAGCACCGAGAGGAAGAAGGAGAAGGAGGAGGACGACGACGACGACGGCGGCGGCGGCGGCAGCGAGGAGGAGAGGACGAUCCGGAGCUCGAGCUGGAGGCAUAACAGCUCAGGUUGCUUCCAUCGCGGUGGUGAAGGGCUGUCAUGAUCUCUACGGCACCACUCUAUAGCGGGGUGCACAACUGGACCAGUACUGACCGUAUUCGCAUGUGCGGCAUCAACGAAGAGAGGAGAACGUCUCUUUCUGAUGAGGAGUCCAAGGCAGCUGGCUGCCAAGGCUUCAGACCCCAGGAGUUUUGUGUCAGUAGCGGCUUUUCCAAGGUGGAGCUCACAGCAGUUGGUAGUGGCAGCGAUGCCCAGGGGGCGGAUGCAGCUAAUGGCACCAAGGAGAAAUUUGGGUACACAGCAGGGGAGCAUCAACCCAGCACAGAACCAAAAGAGGCCCCUCCUGAGCCCGAUGGUAUUUUUACCCCAUUAACCAAGCUGGGGGAUGGCCAAGGGCUCAACAAGCCUUCCCCUCCUGAAGGCACAGAGCCAAGCAGCAGCGGAGCCGAAACCCACGUGGACAAGCUAACCACCUGUCCCCUGGCUGGGCUUAAGGCACUGGACCACCAGCAUGCUGGAACACAGAAGAACACUUGCAUUUUGGCUACAUUAGGCAUUGGGACUGCUAUGGAUGGGGCCUUGCCUUUGGUGGCUGCUGAUGUCAGCCCCUUGCCUAUCCCCGUUUCUGGCCCUGGCCCAGCACCCCUGUCUGCUUCCCUCUCCGUCCCCCUUGCUGUUCCUGCCUCAGUCACCCUUUCGGCUUCUGUCCCUUCCCCUCCAUUGGCUCCGGCUCCCAUCCCCAUCUCCCUCGCUACUCCGGCCUCCAUUCCGGCACCAGCCCCCCUGUCCCUCCCAGCCUUAGUUCUAGCUCCUAUCCCUGCCAGUGGUCCAGUCCCACCUCUGCCCACUCCAGCCGCAUCACCAGCCACCCUUCCUGCCCCUCCUCCUACUCUCAUUACGGCCUUUGCUGCUGCCACUCCUGCCCCCCCACCCACUCCAGCUCCGGUGUUUACCCCAGCGCCCACCCCAGGCCCUCAGGCCAAGCCUGCUCUCGCUCCCGUCCCCACGCCAGCUCCAAUUUCUGCACCCUUCAACCUCAAUCGAGUGUGUUUCCCAGCCACUCAAGCCCCAGCGAUGCAGAAGGUGCCCCUGUCUUUCCAGCCUGGGGCAGUCCUGGCCCCAAACCAACCAUUGGUCUAUAUCCCUCCCCAAAGCUGUGGGCAACCUCUUAGCGUGGCCACAAUACCUGCUCCACUAGGGGUGUCGUCCACGCUUACGCUCCCCGUGCUGCCCUCAUACCUGCAGGAAAGGUGUCUGCCUGGCGUUCUGGCUUCUCCUGAGCUCCGCUCUUACCCCUGUGCUUUUUCUGUGACCCGGCCACUGACAUCUGAUUCCAAGCUGGUCUCCCUGGAGGUAAAUGGACUCCCUUGCACCUCUCCAUCCAGUGGAAACAGCACCCAGUCUGCACCUGAUGGUGGCCCUGCUCCUCCAGGGGAUGUCUCUCUACCUACCCCUGCUGCCAAGAUUCUCCCACCACCACCCCAGCCUUCCCUGCCGGCUACUGGUGGGGGCUCAACCCCAGGACACCCCACCAAGGCCCCAGCUGCUGCAGAGCAUCACACAGAAGGGGCUUCUGCUGCCUUUUCCCCUCUUAAGUCCCCACCGCAGCUGGAGCGAGAGAUGAUCUCCCCUCCCGAGUGCAUUGAGAUGCCCCUGGACCUCUCUUCCAAGUCCAACCGCCAGAAGCUUCCACUGCCAAGCCAGCGCAAGACACCACCCAUGCCGGUGUUGACACCAGUACACACCAGUGGCAAGGCCUUCCUCUCCACAGUCCUGUCGCGCUCCCAUCGGGCAGCCCAGGCCACCGGCAGUAAUGUCACCUCGUGCCUGGGGCCUGCCUCCCCAUUCGUCAUCUUCCCCGAGUUUGUGAGAAACGGGGACCCGAGUGCCUGGGUGAAGAACUCCACGGCAUUGAUCAGUGCCAUUCCUGGCACCUACGUUGGGGUGGCCAAUCCCGUGCCUGCUUCCCUGCUGCUAAACAAAGAUGCCAACCUGGGCAUCAUCCGAGACCCCCGGCACCUGCCCAAACAGGAGCCCAUCUCCAUUGUUGAUCAGGGAGCACCUAAGAAUUCCAGCCCUGCCUGUGGCAAGAAGGGUGGCCAAUCGGCACCAGCUGAGAACACAGUGAGGCGAUCUACCCCAGCUCGGAUUGCCCCUGGGGUGCCCACCUGUCCAUCUAAGGAAAUGCCAUUUUGGAAACCUACUGGGCAAGGGAGCAUCUACUCAAGGUGUUCAAUCAAUGGGAAGCCUACCACAGCCCAAGUUCUGCCUGUUGGUUGGUCACCUUAUCACCCGUCACUCUUUUCAAUUGGCAUCCCCAGUCCUGGGCAGCUGACCUCACAUCAAGGUGUACCCAUCAAACCAGCUGGUGUUUCUGGGGAGUUCUCUUUGGUGCCAUCAGUCAACCCCAGUGAGGCUGCCCAUGGGGUCACCGAGGGUCAGCCGAGACCGAGUGGGCCUUUCCCAGAGGUGCAGGAACCCAUUCCACCGGGCAGUAGCUGCCAGCCUCCCACCAAGCCCUGUGAGGAGCCAGUAAACCCGACCAUCUUGAUCCUAGGACCCCAGACAGGCAGCCUUCCCAUGUCUCUCCAGCCCAGCACCAUUGGAGAGGUGAGAGGGAUGAAGGCCAAGCCCAGCAGUCCCCCCCAGGACCAAGGUCCAGAAGAGUCUGAGAGCCAUCCGAGUUCCGACCCCGCUUCCAGCCCAGAGGACCCCCGUAGCUCCUGCAAUCUGAAGCCAACAGUGGCAGCAGAUGGCAAACCCAAGAACCAGGUGCUGGCCACCUACCUGACUCCCAACAUGGCCUUGCCCCCCUCUCAGGGCUUCCACAAGUUGGCAGAGAUGUCUUUGCUACCUCAUGAAGGCCACCUGAAGGAACUCCAAGUUCAAACUGAAGUCCAAGGGACCAAGAGGGCCUUUGGCCUGGGAGCUCGUCGCAGAAGUGACGGGGACCUCACCUGGGUCAAGAAGGAGAGCAUGAUGUUCUCUCUGAGUCAAUGCUUCCAGGCAGAAAACUUCCUGGGGGGCUCAGCCAGAGCUAAGGCUGGGCAGAGUCAGCACAGACAGGAAGUACACAGUAACUUUUCGUGCAGGAACAAGUGGUAUCCAGAGGACGGAGUGAAGUCUUCCUCCAAGAGAAGCAAAUGCAGCAGGGCCAAGGAGGGAGGAGACAUGCCAGCCAGCAAGGCUAGAGGCCGGAGCCCCCACGGCCACAAGUGUAAGAAGCAUCAUGGAGAGUCCCAUGAAUCCAGCAAGAAAGCCUGCAAGUCUUCAAGCAAAGAGCACAAUGGCAUACGGGUCAAGCACAAGCGACAGAAGUCUGCCAAAUCCCAGUCCCAAUUGCCAGGAUUCCGAAGAGGAGAUGGACAUGAGGAAGGCUUCUUGGAGAAGAAAGCAAAGAAUAAUUUCCGAGACUUCAUCCCUGUAGUCCUGAGUAGCCGGACCCGCAGUCAGUCUGGGAGCCUUUGCAGCACAUUCACUAGUACCGUCGAGUGUGAGCUGGGCAGCCCAGACAUGUACCCCAUGCUGGAAGAGCACCACGAAGAAAUAGGGCUGGGUAGCAAACACCGCAAGCGAAAGGCCCACCGGUCCUCCCAGCACGUGAGUCGACGCUCUCGAGGGGACCGCUCACCGACUGAUCGGACUAGCCGCCAUUUGCGCAGGGCCCGGGAGCUGCCCUGGAAGAUGGAGCCCCCUAGGCAGCUGUGGGACACUGAUGAUGAUGAAGAAGAUGAGGAUGAGGAUGAGGAGGAAGGCCACGUGAAGAGGAAAAAAAGGAGACGGCAGAAAAACCGCAAAUAUCAUACGGGGGAAUACCUGACAGAGCGGGAAGAGCAGGUGCACAAAUCUCUGUGCCACCAGCGGCGCAAGGCCCGAGCAGAUUCUAAGUCUCGGAAGCAGAAGCUUUCCUCCCAAGGCUCUGAGAUCCGCCUGAAGACCAAGCACUCAGCAUCAAGCCACGGGUCUGGAGAUGUCGCCAUUCUUCCCAACGGCUUUCUAGAAAGCCACCUGGAAAAUGCCACCUCCCUGAGCAGCAGCAGCCUGGAGAAGCCAUCGGGGAAGCGCAAGUGUAAGACGAAGCACCUGGCUGCUGCCACAGCCACUGAGGAGAAUAAGACCAAAGGGCCCUGGCACCAAGUGAAAAUUCAGCCUCCGAAAUCCCCAUCCCCAGCCAAGCCCACAGAAUCCUGGACCCCCUUAAAGGUUCAGACGAGCUUGGAGGAUUGUCCUGAGUCCCCUUCGGCAUCCCAUAUUCCCCCUGAGGCACGUCGACUUAUUGUGAACAAGAAUGCCGGAGAGACCCUCUUGCAGCGGGCUGCGAGAUUGGGCUAUAAGGAUGUGGUCACAUACUGUCUGAAGAAAGAAAGUGAGGACGUCAACCACCGGGACAAUGCUGGCUACACAGCCCUCCACGAGGCCUCCGCUCGGGGCUGGACAGAUAUCCUCAACAUUUUGCUAGAGCAUGGGGCAAAUGUCAACUGCAGCGCCCAGGAUGGCACCAGGCCUGUCCAUGACGCCGUGGUCAAUGACAACCUGGAGACCAUCUGGCUCCUGCUUUCCUAUGGGGCAGACCCCACACUCGCCACCUACUCAGGGCAGACGGCCAUGAAACUUGCCAGCAGUGACGCAAUGAAGACAUUUCUCAGCGAUCACCUUUCAGAUCUCCAGGGUCGCCCAGAGGGUGAUCCGAGAGUGGCCUGGGACUUCUACAGCAGCUCUGUAUUGGAGGGGAAGGAUGGGGCCAAGUGUGACCUCCUGGAUAACCCCCCUGGAGCCUCUGACAAUGACGGAAAUGACCAGGAAUCGGACGACUUCAUAUUCGAGUUCUCUGAGAAGCCAUUGCUUCCCACUUACAACCUCCAAGUGUCGCUUUCUCGUGGGCCCUGUAACUGGUUCCUGUUCUCCGAUGUCCUGAAGAGACUGAAGCUAUCCUCGAGGAUAUUUCAGGCCCGUUUCCCGCACUUUGAGGUCAUCACCUUGCCCAAGGUGGAGUUCUACCGGCAGGUGGUUUCCAGCCAACUGCUCACCCCUGCCGAGAGGCCGGGGGGCCUAGACGCCAGCCCCCUGACCAGCACUGAGACUAUUGAGUUGAUCCGCUAUGAGCCCGAGUUGCUGCAGCUCCUAGGGUCUGAGGUUGAAUUCCAGUCCUGGAGCAGCUGACGGGCUUGCACGAGCCCGCCAGCCUUCCCUCUCUCCCCCUCCUCUGCCCCCUCUCCCACCUGCCCCUCUUUUCCGGACUGACUGCAGUAUGAGGCAAUAAUACAGCCCAACUAGAAGCAGCCUUAUCAAUGCCAGCAUUAGUGACUGGAGUCUUUGGGUUCAGAUUCCCUCUCACCUCCCUCUAGUUGCGGUCAAAGGGGGAAAAACCACAUCUUGAUCUCGGAAGAUCAGAGAGGACCCGCAAUGACUGUGAGAGGGGACAGGGUGCCCUCAACUCAGCUCACCUCACCCUCCUAGGCCGGGAGCCGGGCACUGGCCCAGUGUCUUUGGCGCCUGGCCCUAGGUGGGCUCAGGGAUCCCUGGGUGCGCGUGACCAAGCCCGGGCCGAGGGAAGCAGACCCAGGUCCAGUUGGCGGUGCCAGCCCUGGUGGAGAAAUUAGCAAAUUCUUUCUCUAGCUACAGCCCCCUUCCCAUACUCCUUGGUGUCUUCCAUGAUAUUUAUUUAAUUAGUAUUUAAUUUGUAUUGUUUCCUUGGUUUCUGAGAAGUCUGUAUCACUGUGAUGAUCUGAGACAUCAGCUUGAAAGAGGGCCUUUGUUCACCUUUUCGUUUUCUUCCCUCCCUUUCGGGAGAAGCUCUGGGAGGUGAGUCCCCCUCCCUGGGCCAGGUCUUCCCAGCUUCCCGGCUGAGAAGGGGGAGCCCAUGGUGAUCUUGGAAGCCGGGUGGAGUCGGAGCUGUGUGACAGUCUCCAAGCACAAGGGGCCAGCUUGGAUCCCAAUGGUUCCCGAUUUUUUCCCUCAGCCUCCCAUGCCUAAGCUCACACACAUUUCCUGCUUCAGUGUAGUUCUGUUUGGGGUGAAGGGCCAAUGAGCUGCUGGAACAAAGGGACAGAGGGAAACGGAUCUCAGAGGGGAACGGCCCCCCUCCCCCUUCUCGUCGUCAUCCCAGUGCCCCACUCUCCCUUCUCACUCCCCUCUGAGACCUGGCUGUUUCCCAGGCAAAGGCAAGAGAAACGUGCCCCCCUCCCCUAGCAGGCCCCCAACUCUACCAGCUCCAGUCACCCCUCCAUCCAGCCUCAGUCCACAGCCCCCACCCCUCUGGCCCCUGGCUCCCUUGCCCCGAUGGAUAUGAGCUUGUUACUUUUCUACGGACUGCUAUUUUUCACAACAGUUCUUGGGGAGAGAGGGCAGCUUCCCAAAGGCAGGCCCGGCCCUCCCCGGCCUUCUCUGGUGUAGAUGGUACAGUUUUAUUGUACAGGUGCUAAAAAAGAGAAAAAUAAGAAAAGACUCCCCCCAAAGGCCCAGUUUGAGGAUGGGACAAUCUGUUCUCUGGAGUCUCCUGAGCCGCCUGCGCACAUGUGGGCCAGGAGCAGUUGUGGUGAAUUUUCUUCAUAUUGUCUUGAUUCCCCAGCGGGCAGCCUGACCUCCCCUUCUCCGAGACCUCCCCUUUGUGUCUCUUGGCCCUCUGGACUCGAUCAGCUUUUUACACAAAUCCUUCUCUUUCUUUUGUAAAAUAUAUAUAUUUAAACAUAUAGAGAUAUUUUUAAAUAUAUAUAUGUGCGUCGUCGUAGAUCAAGCUGAGGGUUUGGGGUUCGGGUUUUCUUUGGGGGUGUCUCGGUCUUGGUUUUUUUAUCCUUUUUAAAGGUUUUGGCCUUUUCCUUUUGCAUUUGGGGGUGUAUUCUGGCUGCUCUCUUGGUUUGGUUCUAAGCAACAGGCUGUGGCAUCAACAACACAUUUCUAUACAGAAAACCCUGUAUCAGG